CAUUUAUUUCCGCUGACGUAGCCUGCUACGAGCAUGUCACAGACAGACAUGGCGGCUAACUCACAGAGGAAUCCCCCUCCUUUCCCAGGAUCAGAGGACCAAGACCCACUUUCCGAAAUGGCAGAUGGAGAUAGUGACGAGGGGGAGGAUAUUUUCGUUGGAAAUAGAAAUCCCGUUGCCGCGAGGACGGAGUCCUUUCAGCCCAACACAGCCAAUGGCGAAGAACCAGCAGAUCUCUUCAGUGAAGAGGAUUCCGGACCCGCCGCCAGGUCUUCCAACAGCCCCCCCGGUUAUAAGUCCAGUGGUGUCCAUUCCGACGAUGACAGUGAUCUGUUUGCAGAGGCCUCGAUGGAGCUAGCCGGGGGGGGCCCCAGCACCGCAGCCAAGCCGUCCGAAGCAGAGGCCGGUCCUUCACCGACGACGCGAAAGUCGACCACGCAGCCCAUGUCUAUGGAGCAGUUGGAGGAGGAUGAGGUCAAAGACAACUUUGAAUUGGACGUUGCUGUCACCAAUCCAGAGAAAAUUGGAGACGGCAUGAACGCUUACAUGGCCUACAAGGUGUCCACUGUGACUACAUUACCCAUGUUCAGGAACAGGACAUUCUCAGUAUGGAGAAGGUUCAGUGACUUCCUCGGACUUUACGAGAAGCUGUCGUUGAAGCACUCCCUAAACGGCUGUAUCAUCCCGCCACCGCCAGAGAAGAGCGUUGUAGGGAUGACUAAAGUAAAGGUGGGGAAGGAGGACUCAUCCUCAGCUGAUUUUGUGGAGAGGAGGAGAGCGGCUCUUGAGAGGUACUUACAGAGAGUAGUAUCUCACCCAUCUCUUUUGCAAGACCCUGAUGUCAGAGAGUUCCUGGAAAGAGAUGAGCUGCCUCGGGCAGUGAGUACACAGGCUCUGAGUGGUGCUGGCUUCCUGAAGAUGAUCAACAAGGCUUCCGAUGCUGUCAAUAAGAUGACCAUCAAGAUCAACGAGUCCGACACUUGGUUUGACGACAAACUGCAGGAGGUUGAGAGCGAAGAGCUGCAGCUGAGGAAACUGCACACUGUGGUGGAGUCCCUGGUCAACCAUAGAAAGGAGCUCUGUGGGAACACUGCGGUGUUUGCCAAGAGCAUAGCCAUGCUGGGCACCUCUGAGGACAACACAGCUCUUUCGCGUGCCCUCUCUCAGCUGGCAGAGGUGGAGGACAAGAUGGAGGCGCUACAUCAGGCGCAAGCGGCUAGCGACUUUUUUAUCUUUGCUGAGCUGCUGGCCGACUACAUCCGCUUACUAGGGGCCGUACGGGGCUGUUUUGAGCAGCGCAUGAAAGCUUGGCAGCGAUGGCAGGAGUCUCAGAGCACAUUGCAGAAGAAGAGGGAGGCAGAGGCCAAACUGCUGUGGGCCAACAAGCCUGACAAACUACAGCAGGCCAAAGAGGAAAUCACAGAGUGGGAAGGUAAAGUCACUCAGUAUGAGAGGGAUUUUGACAGGAUCUCUGUAACCGUUCGCAAGGAAGUCCUCAGGUUUGAAAAGGAGAAGUCCAAAGACUUUAAAAGCCAGUUAGUGAAAUAUCUGGAGUCUUUUCUACAAUCUCAGCAGCGGCUCAUUAAGUUCUGGGAAGCAUUCCUGCCUGAAGCAAAAGCAAUAGCUUGACAAGACGUGAGGACCUUAGGAAAAGACCCACCGCCUUUUUGAAGUCUUCACCUCCUGAAUCUGUACCAAGAAGACAAUGACUCAGACCAGAGCCACAGCUCAUCCAUAAUUAUUUAGCAUUAGUGGUUUUAUGUUCCAGCUCUUCAGUAUGAUUUACAUCUGCACUUGGAUAAUGUAAUGAUUCAACAGAGCGUCAUUUGACAUUAUAGCUUUUGUAUGUAAAUACUAGGUCAAUGGUAUGAAUUUUUCUUCGUGAUCUUGGGCUACCCAUGCUUAUGACUCUAACCCGGAAGUACUCGAGGUACUGCCCUACAGAAGCAGCAGUAGUUUACAGUAGAGGGCACUUGUCAUGAAUCAUCAUAAUAUUGUUGACCAGUUAAUAAAUGUUUACUAAAGCCCAUUAAAUAAUUUUGGAUUUACAAAAACAUAUAGUGAAUGUAGCAAAUGUUGCCUGUCAUAUGAACCGCCCCUUUGGUUUAAAGAGCAUAUUUGAACUGAUAGUAAAAGUGUGUAAUAGGCCUCAAUUUGGGCAAUUCUGGACCUAUGAUAAAUGCACAAAAUGGAGGUGCUGUGUGUUCAUUAAUGUGCACAGGUGUGCCCACCUAUGUGUCUUUGUGCGCCAUUGUUUAUAAUCAGUUGAUGUACAUCUGUAACCUAAAAUUGUCAAACCAGUCUGAGCUUAGCUCAGGAUUGUACCCUAAAAUCCUCCUUUUUUUUUAUGCAUCAGUGUUCCAAUAUGUACAGUACUCAACAUGAAUCCAGUGAUUGAAAUGUUUCUUUAUUUUUUAUAAACUACCAGUAUGUCAUGAUGACAAAUGCAGUGAUAACAAGUGUCUACGGUCCUUUGUUUUUCUUACCCAACAUUUAUAUGAGUGUUUGUUCUUUUCCCACAAGAUGUCCUUUAUUUUUGUAACCACUUACAUUUAGUUAAGAUACUUCUGAAAGUGUGAUAGGUGGAAAUAAUAAAGAGGAUUGAGUAAACUUGG